GCGGUGCCUGAUCAACGAAGGGGUUCGAGAGUACCCUGCAAUCUCCUUUGACAUGAGCUACACUGGCUAUGAUUGCACUAAUGAGCCAGCAGAUUCUGAAAAGGACAAAUUGGCUUGCCUCAUAGUGCGCUGCAGUCACACGGAUGCAAUUGCAGCAGUACCUCUUCCUGAUAAGAGUGCGCCUUCAAUGAAACACGCAGCUGUGGAGGUAGUCCGCUUUUGUCAGCUUCUGGGGCACACUGAGGUGGAACUCAAGUGCGACAACGAGUUGUUGCUGCAGGGCUUAGCUUUGAAUGCUCGCAAGCGGUUGGGUUUUAAGACUAGGAUUAAGAAUCCGCCUGUUGCAGCCCACCAGGCCAAUGGGCCGGUGGAGAAAAGUGUUGAUGUCAUCAGAAGAUUGGCCAAUGUCAUGCUGUCAAUGGCCCGGGAACGCCUGGGAAUAGAAAUUGGUGUCAACCAUCCCCUCUUCAGCUGGGCGUUCAUCCACAGUGCAUGGUGCUACUCCAGGUAUCAUGUCAAAGCUGGCCUCACCGCUCACGAAGGUGCGAGCGGGGCACGAUACAAUGGCAAGCUUGUACCAUUUGCUGAACCGGUGUAUGCCUAUGUGAAGCCCCUUCAAAAGGGUAAUGCCAAGUGGGAAAUGUCACUUUUCUUGAGCAAGUCCACAACAAGCGACAUGUUCAUUGUUGGAACAGCGCAAGGCAUCCGCCUCACCAAGUCCGUUCGACGGACUGGACAGGCAUGGAAGAUGGAACACAAGCUCGCUGAGAGUCUGAAGGGUGUGGUCUUCCCAGUGUUCCAGCAAG